ACAAAUGUUACCGUGUGUGGAGAUGGAAGUUGGAGAAGUCACCUGAAACAGUCUUGUGUGGCUUUCCAACCAUCCAACUCCAUGCCAGUGAGUCAGUGCUUGGCGAUCACUCGAGUGAGGCACUUUGUUGAUUUCUCUGCACCUGUUCUCACAUUACAAUUGAGAUCACCCACAGUGCUACAAAUAAUACAAAAAAUAUCGUUCCUCAAUGUGGAAUUUUUCUUUCCUUUAUUACAAUGAGACUAUGAUGUGUUGAUGAAAGGUUUCCCUGAAGGAAUUUUCUUUGCGCGGUGAAACUGUGCGUGAUGAGAUGACCAUUAUGGAUUAAAGUGUAAUAAAUCUCGUGCGGAUUUGUUGGGUGAAAACGAUAGCGCAGUGCAUUUUGGAUUAACUCUUUUUUUUUCGGAGAAAGAUAUAGGAGCGAGAAAUAAUUUUAUUUAUGGCAAAUUUGUGCCCAUUUUUGGUGAAUUCAACGUGCCACUUUCGACGGUCUUUCUUCUUCUCCGACUUUACCUUUCGGCUGUGUUAAUUGAUAUUGAAAAUUAAUACUGCGAAAGAAAGAGUGAGAGACAAUAAAUUUUUAAGUUGAACCGUCGAGACUUUCUGCACUUUUUUUUCCCUCCAUUGCGCACAGCUUCUCUCUCACACUGUUUAGUUGGUGGAACUUUCAUUGGUGAGGUGUGCGGCUUAGAGAAGUUUAAGAAAAAAAGCCGCGGAAAAACCACACACAAUAAGAAUCGAGAGAAUUUAAAAAAAAAUUGAAAAUUUCAAUUACAUGGAUGCUGUGUGACCCAGCAUGGAUACAAAGCUGGAUAUCGCACGUACUAAGCCAAUCCUCAGUCCCACGCGUUCGUUGGAUGAAGGAUUCGAGAGUGACCCUGAUCGCAUUUCAACCGAUUCCGAACUACAGGCAUCCACACCGGCCUUUGAUAUCUUGCAGCGCACCGACCGUGAUGGUGUAACGCACACGCAAAUAGCACGGCGGAAUAUCGAUUACAGCCAACCGGCGAGUAUCAUCUGUCUCCAGGGUGAGAUUGAGGCUGAACUGAGGGCCAGUGCUAAUUCAUCCUCAGCACCGGCAUCCGCGGAGCCGACAACCUCUAAAAGUGCCACAUCUGGUGGCGACAGUGUGGCCAUUCCACGGGCAGGUCCCCCGCAGAAAGUAGAACGCUUCCGGCGUGCCAAGACGCGAGCACCCCUGCCACCGGGUACGAUAAAUCCACGCUCACACUCCGUCGACGCCGUACGGACACCGCGGGAUCUUGUGCCGGUGAACAUGGAUAUGGCACUGGCAGAACGAAAUGCCGGCGAUGUGUUGGCGGGAAAAUUUGUGCGGGUGCAGGUGGACCCAAGCAGGAACUACCACCAUCAGAGGCACAUUAAGCCCGCCAAUAGUAUGUUCUCGCUCUUCCCGCCCGGAGUCACGAGCACCCAUUCCCUGAGGGAGCUCCAGCUCUGGCAGCAGCCCAGCCAUCGUCAGCAAUACACCACAAUGAAACCAAAUACCAAGGCACAUCCAGUUCCAGUCUGCUGGACACAGUCAAUUCCCAGGCAAACCAGACGGUACAUAACGCCAUCAACAUUGCCACAAGUAACUCAUUCAACGAAUAAAUCAUCGGGAUUAUCGCAAAAAUUGCGUGAGUUCGCAGCAUCGGCAGGAUUGAUGUCAUCAAAGCCACGAGCUCCCUUGAAGCCUGUGAUCAAAACCAGGGGAAACUCAUCUGCGGGUCCUGAAUUUCCCAAGAAAGUCACCUUUAGUGCAUUUGCCACAGUUCAAGUUGUAUAAAGAAAUUCAAAGUAAGAGGUUUUCUUUUUUUCUUCCAUUGUAUAAUGUUUAUAGGUGUUGAAUUUCUUUUAUGAAAUUAGGACAAUCCUCUAAACAAAUUACAAUUUCCAAGCAUAAAUUAGUUAUCUUAAUUUACGAUAAUUUUUUUUGACGAAAAGACAUCGAAAAUGGUUAGAGAUGAGACAUGGACUGGUAUACCUAUUCAAAUUAUAAAAUAUAGUGUUUAGAGAGAGAUGAGGAAAAAACUAUGUAAAUGUAUUAUAUAAAUAUGAAAUUGUAUAUUACAAAUAUAGUGAUGAAAGAGUGAGAA